GUAGUAAUGAACUUUUCCUGAUAGUGGGUACCAAGUGUUGAGUACUUGAUGGUCACAUGAUACGGUACAUUCGAGACUUCCGAACUUAGCUCACAUUUUCUCUGUUUUAUUUUUUCUUUAUUUUAAAAUCUGCAUAUCCCUUUAAAAAUCAACGUCACUGCAAACUAAGUGUGAAUUACCACAAUUCAAGAUAACUGGGGAGUUGAAGUUUAACUACAACGCGAAAAAUAAGCGACUCUUAGAAUGUCCUUGGUGGAAUUUUGAUAUAUGGUCUUGUUGGACUGUCAGCUCCUGGUUUUGGUCUUAAGCUUUUUUAGAUAUAGUGCUUGGUUUAUCGCUGGUUGUUCCUGAAUAUAUUUCCAUAGGGAGCAGUUAGUUCGUUGCUAAGUUUUGUUAUGCUACGAACACUUUACUGUAGCCUGUCAACUAUGAACAACCAACUGAAAAUUAGUCAUUUACGAGUUCCAUAUAGAAAAUCCAAUGAUAUAUUCGAUAUUAUAAAUUUAAAGCACAAAGAUCCUUUACUUUUGUUCAAGUCGUGGUUUGAAGAAGCUAUCAAAUGUGAAAAUGUUUUUGAACCUAAUGCAAUGGCUCUCGCAACGUGUAAUAAGCAGUGUAUUCCAAGUGUACGGUUUGUCCUUUUGAAAGAAUUGGAUGAAAAUGGAUUUCACUUUUUCACUAAUUAUAAUAGCAGAAAAGGUCAAGAGCUUGAUGAUAAUCCAUAUGCAAGUCUUGUUUUUUAUUGGGAGCCUCUUAAACGUCAGGUACGUGUGGAAGGCGUUGUUUCACGUGCUUCAGAGGUAGAGAAUGAAGAAUAUUUUCAAUCCCGCCCAAAGGCUAGUCAAAUUUCUGCUACAGUUAGUUCACAAAGUGAACCAAUUCCUUGUCGUGAAGUAAGUUCAACAUCUGAAAUACAUACAAUAUCUUAAUGAAAGUUUGUGUUUGAUUGUACUAAAGCGCUCUUCAUCUAACAAUACUAAAGAAUGUUUCGGCGUAGAUGUAAAAUCCAUAUUUUGAAUUUGAACCCUAAUUAUCUUAGUAAAGGUAGCAUUUCUAAUUUAUUGAUGUGGUACCAUUUCGAUUUUAACCGCGGAAUAUGGUACACAUACUUCUUAUAGUUUGUAUGUAAUGAAAUCAACACGGAUAAAAAAUUAUUUGGAUUAACAAAUUUUCUUCCCACUUCAAUAUACAUGUGGAUUCCUACGGUAUCUUUUUAAUCGAGCGCAACUUUUAUGUUCAUACAAGGAAGUGAUCAAAACUUUUAUGAAAAUAUUUUUUGAUAAUAACUGUAAUCCAGAACUUGUUAAGAUUCAUAAAUUACUUAAAACUCAGAUAAUUCUGAUGGUUUAAUCUAUAAACUGUCUUGAAAGGACAUGUAAAUAAAUCCUCAUUAUGUAUAUCUGUGUUAUGUAAACUAACCUUCUCAAUUACUUAAUCUUCAUGCUAUGUAUUUUAUUCAUUACAAAUAUUUAUAUCCAAACAACAAUUUGGAAAUUUUUGAAUCAGUACUGUAUCUUUGUAUAUUAACUAUGAAUCUUUUUAUGAUCUCUUAACUCCAACUUAUCAUGCACAGGUAAACUGUACGUAGGUGUAUAUAACGUCUUGUUCAACGACCUCAUUUUUCUCCAGGUUUUCAAUCAAUUAGUUUACUACAAAGACUUUAAACUUUGCAUGUCAUUCGUUUGUCAUCACUCCUUCCUCAAUGUUAUUUGUUCACGUGGUAGGAUUCUUAAUGGUAGAGUGUAAUAUAUAAGUAGUCAUUUUUAUUUCUUCAACUAUUUUCUCAUCUGACUACAUCAUAUCGAAUUGGUUCAGAACGUCUUGGGAUGAUGGUAUCUUUUUUUCUCGCUUCAAACAGUUUCUGGACAAAAAGUACGUAGAA